AUGAGUGAAACACCUUCUUCUAGUUUUUCAAUGAUUCACCCAACCUCUUCAGAAAGCGGCCAGACCUUCUUCCCUCGCCACUGCAGCAUCAUUGACCCCGUUGUGGCCAAAAGAAUUUGUUUCUAUAAAAGCGGAGACCCCCAGUUCAAUGGGAUCAAGAUGGUGGUCAACCAUCGCUCCAUUAAGACAUUCGAUGCCUUGCUUGACAACUUGUCCAGGAAGAUCCCAUUACCUUUUGGAGUGAGGAACAUCAGUACCCCCCGGGGCCUCCACAGCAUCACCAAUCUGGAGGAGUUAGAAGAUGGCAAAUCCUACAUUUGCUCUCACCGAAGGAAGAUGAAGCCCAUCAACUUGGAGCAGGCCAGCAGGAAGCCCUUGCCCUGGCAGAGCAGCAGGCCCAUCAGUGCCCGACACCGGGCCGCUCAGAUGGCCAGGCAGAACCAAGUUGGCGCUGCACAGUGGAUGGUGCCAGUGGCUAUCAGGACUCCUAAAAGGAUCACGGUCUUCAAAAAUGGUGACAUGAGGACCAGGUGCACUGUUCUUCUGAGUAGAAAGGUCACUCAGAGCUUUGAGGCCUUUUUGGAUCACCUGACAGAACUCCUGCAGUACCCGGUAGUGAAGCUGUAUGCUGUCGACGGAAGGAAGGUUGCUAACCUACAAGCAGUGUUCCUGACGGUUGGAGCUUUAGUAGCAGCUGGAAGGGAGCCAUUCAAACCAGGCCAUUACGAUCUCCAGCUACAUUCGAUUCCUCCUCGAUUUCCAACUGGCUCUAACCCUGUUGCCCCCAGAGCAAAUGCCAAUCCCGGAGGGAGAAAAGGUAGGAGCUUCUCAUUCUGCAAAUGGAAAGUGUCAGUCAUCACCAGUGAACUGCCCCAUGCAGGAACCAGCUCCCAGGUUUAUAUUGUGUUUUAUGGCUCUCACAGAAGCUCAGGGCCUAUCUUCCUUUAUCGUGCUGAUGGGGAUCUGUUUCAAGAAGGCUGUGAAGACACCUUCAUUAUUAACCCCGGAGAUGUUGGCGAGCUCUACAAGAUUCGUGUUGGCCACAGUAACUCUGGCCCUUCCCCUGGCUGGCACUGUAAGGAGAUACAACUACAGAACCUGUUUUCGGGGGAGCAGUUCAAUAUCCCUGCUCACCGCUGGCUGGCACAGAAUCAGGAAGAUGGGGAAAUCUGUUGGGAAUUUCCAGUUUCAAGACAGGGACAACCAGGCCUUCCAGUGACUAGGUAUGAAGUGCUCGUGACGACAGGUGAACUGUGGAAUGCUGGGACAGAAGCCAGUGUCUUCAUUUCCAUCUAUGGAGAAAAGGGAGAUACAGGAUCCAGGAAGCUGUUUCGAUCAAAGAGUCCCAAGGCAUUUCUGAAAGGACAAACAGACAUCUUCUCCCUCGAAGCUGUACACCUUGGGUAUUUGUAUAAGCUGGUUAUCGCCCAUGAUGGACUUGGCUCAGGAAAUGGUUGGUUCCUAGAUGAAGUUGUGAUCAAAGAUCCUAUUGCAGACCUUGACUACACCUUCUUGUGUCACAGGUGGUUGGAUCAAGGAGAGGAUGAUGGGAAAAUUGUACGAAAACUGUACCCCACUGAUAAUGGCUCCCUCCCUUUGAGGCAAGAGUUGGAACGCAAAAGAAAAGAAACUUGGGCUGCUGAGGGCUGGAAGCUGAAGGAAGGCAACAUUCUUCAGUUUUACAGCAAGCUCACUGGAGGCUUCAUCCGUCUCCAUCCAGAUGGCACCGUGGAUGCCCUCGGGGAAAAGACAGAUCCAUUUGGCCUUUUUGAUGUAACUGUCAAACGAGAAAACAUAUGCAUUUUCCACAGUCAUCAGUUGCGACAUCUUUCUCUUGCCCUUGACAAUGGUUCUGUCACAGGAGUGGCCAGCAGUGAGUCUAACUGUGAACUACAGAUCCUCCAUCAGUCAAAUCGCUGUGCAGUUCUGGAAUCUGUCAAAGAUCCUGGACACACAGUUACUUUCAACCUUCAGGGCAAAGUAACAGAUGAAUCAGUGGGCUCUGCAGGACUUUCGAGAGAAUUUAUGAUCCAUGUUAAGGGUGUGUUCCACAGUGGUGCAGUGGUCCUGCUUGCGACAAGUCUAUGCCAGGCUCUGUGCCUCAGAUCUGACGGGAGCUGCAACGGAGUGGGAAAUCAGUCAGAAGAAUCUUACUGGAAAGUGCAUAAAAUCAGCUCUGGGGUUUGCAUGUUUGAAAGUGUGAAAAAUCCAAGAAAGUAUCUGAGGAUCUUGAAUGGCCGUUGUGAUGGAACAGGCACAGGGGACCUCGACUGCCACUUUAAAGUUGAGAAGAAGUUAGCAAGUGGAUCCGUAAGUCUGGAAUCAGUGGAAAACAGAGGGCUGUUCGUGGGACUUCUUCCAGAUGGGCAGGCCAAACCACUUGUUUGUACUGAAGACAGAAAUAUUUUGUUCUACCCACAAGUCAUCCAAUUUGGCAGGGAAAAGCCAAUGGGAACAUCAGCUACCCCCAGCCAGCAAGGGGAGGCAGAGCACAGAACCACCAAGCCUCAAGCAGAAACAACGCAGAAGUUUGUGGCUCCGGACCUCUCCAAACCAGUCUCUCCACUGUCAAGUAAGACACUUAAAGAAAGAAAAAGCCUCCAAACAACAGAAUCCCUUCUCUUCGAGGACACAUGGAAGGUGUUGGUCCUGACAGGAGACACAGGAACUCAAGCCAACGUCUCCCUCUGGGUCUAUGGAGACAAAGGAGCAGUCGGACCGAUAAUUCUUAGCAAGGACAACCAAGAACAGCUGUUUCUUCCAAGGCAGGAGGAUGAAUUUCAGAUCAAGCUAAAAAAUGUUGGUGAGCUCUAUAAAAUAAGAAUAGGACAUGAUGGAACCAGUGGCCAACCCGAAUGGAAGUUAGAAAAGGUGACCAUGGAGCACCUAAGGAUUAGCAGAACCCUAUACUUUGAAGCAAACAAGUGGUUAUCUAGAACCUAUGGUGAUGGGGACAUCAUCUGUGAGCUCCCUGUAGAGCGCGAAGGGAAACCAGUUCUUCCAGUGGUGAAGUACCAUGUUUAUGUCCACACUGGCCAAAUGAAGCAAGCAGAAACCAAAUCCUCAGUUUAUCUAUGUAUCUACGGAGAAAGAGGAGACUCUGGCCUAAGGCUUCUGCAUAAAUCUGACAUGCCCAUGAAAUUUCAGCGAGGACAGAUUGAUAUGUUUCAAGUAGAAGCAGUGUCUCUUGGCAAUCUGCAGAAGGUGCUGUUGCACUGUGAGGCCAGUGAGCGAUCCCAAUACUGGUACUGUGCUAAAGUCAUCAUCAGAGAACCGGAGAAGGAAGGAGAGUCGGUCUUCAACUGUGAACGGUGGCUUCCCUAUAUGUCCCAAGGCAUAAUUCAAUCAGAAAUUGAACUCUAUCUUCAAGAAAUGCAAAUAAAUCAUCAGCCUAAAACGCAAGAGGAAGCGAAUGAGGGAGAUUGGAAGGUAACUGUAGUGACUGGAGAUUUUGAGCAGGCUGGCACCACGGCCACCGUGUCCCUUUAUGCCUAUGGAGAAAAAAAGGCUUCAGGUCCUAUUAUUUUGGGAUCUGGGAAGCAUCAACUGUUUAAUCCCAACAGCGCAGACAUAUUCAAGGUUAGUUUUAAAGAUCUUGGCGAACUGUAUAAAAUCCGCAUUGGACAUGAUAAUAGGGGCAAGGAUCCUGGUUGGUAUCUGGAAGAGAUUCAACUGGAAGAAAUAGCUACACAUCAACUGUUCUUCCUACCAGUGGAUUGCUGGAUAGCUGAGGAUGAAAAAGGCGGUGGUACAUGGAAAGAAAUAGCCAUUCCAAGACUUAACCAGGAGCCUUUGCCGUUGGUGGAUUAUGAAGUCCAUGUGUAUACUGGCUCCACACUAGGUGCCGAAACAGAUGCUAAUGUGUCCAUCAAUGUCAUUGGAACCAGAGGGGAUGCUGGGAGGCGGAAACUUCAUCAUUCCAAGAAUAACAAAGUCAAGUUCCAACACGGUCAGGUUGAUAUCUUUGGUAUUCAGGCUGUAUCUCUCGGAGAGCUGAAGAAAGUUCUGGUUGGUCAUGAUGGAACUGGUCCAGGAAAUGGAUGGUUUCUGGAAAAGAUUGUUAUCAGAUUUAAAGAGAAACAAGAUGAACAAGAAGUUGUAUUUCCUUGUAAUAGGUGGCUCGAUGAAUACCAGGAUGAUGGGAAGAUUGAACGGGAGUUGCCAGCAGGAAAUGUAAAAAUUGGGUGGUUGUCUGGGAAAUUAGAAUGGCGAGGACUUGCGGUCAGAAAUCCCUUGGAAGUUCAGGUGAUCAAGUUUACUGGAGUUUGUCUUAAAAAUAAAAGGCUGGUCCAGCAGAACACUAAAAAGGAAGUCUCUGAAGAGAUUGGCACCCUCAGAGAUAAAAUGUUCAAUGCCAUGUCACCGUCAGGGAAUCAGCACUCUUUGUACAUUAAGAAUGAAUGUAAGUUCUUUGGGCGCAGGGAACACAACUUAUGUUUUGGUUGUAUCUUUCAAGAAGGGCAGUGGAGAGGGGGAGUAAAAAUAGCAGAAGAUUCUCCGGAGCCACAAGAAUUCACACGAACCCCUGUGAUUUAUUGUUCAAAAGGCUUACAGGUUAAAGCUGGAAAGGUUGGAGAUGAAUACAAGAUUCAGAUCAGCUGUGACCAUUUACUGGUCUUUGAGGGCUGGCAUUUGAAGUCUUUUCACUUCGAAGAACUGUAUGCUAAACAAGAGGUGAACUUUGUAGCUGCUGGCUCCUGCUUAACAGAGAAGCCAGGGAACUGGUGA